AUGGCUGUGGAGAAAGAGACACCACAAAAUCCCUUACUCUCCAAGCAGAAAGCCUCCGACAGCGGUCUCCAGGUUGCACUCCACCCUCUCGUGCUUCUGACUAUCUCCGACUACAUUACAAGACAUACUCUUCGGCAGCAGAAAGGUCCUGUGGUUGGUGCGUUGCUAGGACAGCAGAAUGGCAGGGAGAUCACUAUUGAGCAUGCUUUCGACUGCCAUCUAAUCGAAGUUGAUGGCGAGGUCAUUCUAAGCCAAGUCUGGUUCGAGGACAGGCUACAGCAAAUGAAGGAUGUCCACAAAGUACCAGCUCUAGACCUUGUGGGCUGGUUUACUAUCAUCCCCACUUCCGGUCCUCUCCCUAUCCAUCUUCCAAUCCACCGACAGAUCUUACAAUCCUAUAAUGAAUCUGCGAUCCUUCUUGGUUUCCACCCCGAAGAUGUUCUGAAUCGCUCCAUAGGCGGCAAGCUCCCUCUUUCCAUCUACGAAAGCAACUAUGAGGCAGAGGAGACGACAACCGAUGCAGGCGAAGACAAGGAGAUGAAGGAUGCGGAGCCGAAACUGGGCUUGAAAUUCAAAGAGCUUCCAUACACCGUAGAGACAGGCGAAGCUGAGAUGAUCGGCGUGGACUUCGUAGCACGUGGCGGGGGCAAUGCAACAGCUGUGGAUGGAGCGCAAAAGAAGGGGGGGCCAGCAGCACUAGGACAUGAAGACCCGAAGGGAAAGGGUAAAGUCCGCGUAGUAGCUAGAAAGCCAGAGGAACAGGAAACUCCCGUCUCAAAGGCUGAAGCCGGACAGUUCCUCUCCCGAGAAGACGAAGAGUUGAUUGCGUCGCUUACGGCAAAGGCAAAUGCGAUCAAGAUGCUAAAGGCGAGGGUCGAUCUGAUUGCUGUCUAUCUCCGGAAGCUGCCACCUUCUUACGUCUCGGGCUCUGUUGUGGAGGAAGGAGUAAAGUCUGACGACGAGGAAUAUGCGCCUGUCAGCCAUGAAGUAUUGCGCUCGAUUCAAGCCCUGCUUACGCGGCUCGGCCUGCUUAUCCCGGCUGAUAGCGCAGCGUUCGAGAAAGAGCUUCUCUCGGAGGAGAACGAUGUCAAUAUGGUCUCGAUGCUUAGCACCAUUACGAACAGCAUCAAGGAUGUUAGGGAGACUGGACGGAAGUUUUCUGUUGUACAGCUUGGGAUGAUGAAGGCUAAGGGGGCCCAUGCGAUGUGGAAUGAUGGCCCAUCUAGCGGAGUUAGUGGCGCUGGGGACCUUAUAUCCUCCUGA